AGGCUAGCUCGGUGCUAGCUCUUCGGUUCAGUGUAUGAGACGCACCGGCUCCAUCCACACUCCGGUGCUGUUAGGACGGAUCCGAUCCCCAAAGUCACCCGACACCGCAGGCACAGCGCAGGGCCAAGCAGCGUGGGCAUCCGCCGACAACCACUGAAGAUGAUUAAGCUCUUUUCCCUGAAGCAGCAGAAGAAAGACGAGGAAUCUGCUGGAGGAAACAGGACCGGAGCCGGGGGCAAGAAAGCCAGCGCGGCCCAGCUCCGAAUACAGAAAGACAUCAACGAGCUGAACCUUCCAAAGACGUGUGAGAUCAACUUCCCUGACGACGAUGACCUGCUCAACUUCAGACUCAUCAUCUGUCCAGACGAGGGUUUUUACAAAGGAGGGAAGUUUGUGUUCAGCUUUAAGGUAGGACAGGGUUACCCCCAUGACCCCCCCAAGGUCAAGUGUGAGACCAUGGUGUACCACCCCAACAUCGACCUGGAAGGAAACGUCUGUCUAAAUAUCCUACGGGAGGACUGGAAGCCUGUGCUGACGAUAAACUCCAUCAUCUAUGGUCUACAGUAUCUGUUCCUGGAGCCUAACCCAGAGGACCCCCUGAAUAAGGAGGCUGCUGAAGUCUUACAGUCCAACCGGCGACUGUUCGAACAGAACGUCCAGCGCUCUCUGCGCGGCGGCUACGUGGGCGCCACCUACUUCGAAAGGUGUCUGAAAUAACUGGGCGUCCUGUCGACCCCUCCCACCACCACCACCCCCCCACCCCUCCACCCCACUCCCCCCCCCCGGCUGAAGCCAGAAAGCAGCACGACAGAAGACGCUUUUCUGUUUGAAAACAAAAGACAACAAAGAAACUCCGCCCCCUCCCUGUCCCCUCCCCCUCCUUCUCGUUCUCUGUUUUACUUCCACGGCUCAGCGUCCAAUGGGACGACGACGCAUCACACCUGACUGGACUCAAA